AACAGUGCGCGUAGCAACAGUGUCUAUCGUAACAAUCAAACACAGAACAGAGUGCGCUGCAACAGUGUCUAUCGUAACAAUCAAACACAGAACAGUGCGCGCUGCAACAGUGUCUAUCGUAACAAUCAAAAACAGAACAGUGCGCGCUGCAACAGUGUCUAUCGUAACAAUCAAAAACAGAACAGUGCGCGCUGCAACAGUGUCUAUCGUAACAAUCAAACACAGAACAGAGUGCGCUACAACAGUGUCUAUCGUAACAAUCAAAAACAAACAGUGUGCUUUACAACAGUGUCUAUUGUAACAAUCAAACACAAAACAGUGCGCGCUACAACAGUGUCUAUCGUAACAAUCAAACACAGAACAGUGUACGCUACAACAGUGUCUAUCAUAACAAUCAAACACAGAACAGUGGGCGCUACAACAGUGUCUAUCGUAACAAUCAAACACAGAACAGAAUGCCCUACAACAGUGUCUAUCAUAACAAUCAAACACAGAACAGUGCACACUACAACAGUGUCUAUCGUAACAAUCAAACACAGAACAGAAUGCGCUACAACAGUGUCUAUCGUAACAAUCAAAAACAAAACAGUGUGCUUUACAACAGUGUCUAUUGUAACAAUCAAACACAAAACAGUGCGCGCUACAACAGUGUCUAUCGUAACAAUCAAACACAGAACAGUGCGCGCUACAACAGUGUCUAUCGUAACAAUCAAACACAGAACAGUGCGCGCUACAACAGUGUCUAUCGUAACAAUCAAACACAGAACAGUGCGCGCUACAACAGUGUCUAUCGUAACAAUCAAACACAGAACAGUGUGCGCUACAACAGUGUCUAUCAUAACAAUCAAACACAGAACAGAGUGCGCUACAACAGUGUCUAUCGUAACAAUCAAAAACAAAACAGUGUGCUUUACAACAGUGUCUAUUGUAACAAUCAAACACAAAACAGUGCGCGCUACAACAGUGUCUAUCGUAACAAUCAAACACAGAACAGUGCGCGCUACAACAGUGUCUAUCAUAACAAUCAAAAC